AUGUCGAAUAUCGAGGAGAUACACUCUGCCGGAGAAGAGGAUGAAUACGACUAUAAAACCAAGAAGAAAAGUGACGUUUACUUAGGUCUUGUAGAUGCUGCUAUAAAGGAAGAUGAUGAAGUUUUAGUAGAAGAUACAUUCAUUGGAGGUGAACCCUGUUGGCUAGCACCUGAUUCUCCACCAUCCGAAGAGAUUUUGAGAUGUGAUAGUUGCAAGAGCGCCGAUUUUAUGAAGCUUUUGGUGCAGGCUUUUGCGCCAGUUGAUUUAGGUAUCAUUGAACCAAUUUGUGAGAAGAAGAAGAUAAACUUGACUACCAAGAGUUAUAUCAACCCAGACUAUACCAGAGUUUUAUAUGUGUUCUAUUGUACGAAGUGUAAAAGAAAGAACGGAUCUGUGAAAUGUAUCAGAGGUGUUAAGAAGACAACAUCUGUGGAUACGCUAGGGCAAAAGAUGGAACAGCUACAGACUACAGAGUUUCAAUUAAAUCCAUUCUCUGCAAACGAAGUCGACAGUAAUAGUAAUAAAAAUCCAUUCGAUAAGAAUCCAUUCGCAGUCACUGGAAGUAAAUCUGGAGAAGCCGCAAAUCCAUUUGCUGCAGCAGCUUCCAAUCCGUUUGCUCAAACAGAAAAUAUCAAACCCGAACCCAAGACAGGAGCUUCUAAUGCUCCAGUGAGCCAAAAGACGUUAAGAAAAUUGCACGAUCAAAAGAAGGACAAAGAAUUCGAUUCAUCAAAGGCUUUCCCUGGUUACUUCCUAUUUGUUGAAGAAGAGACCUUCAAAAGCACCCCAGAUCAUUUGAAAUUGCCAAAAAAUUUGAAGAUUGACAAAACUGCAUUAGAACUACCAGAUGAUGCGUUUGAUUCAUUAGAAGAGAAUCAAAUGAAACUAGAUCCAAGGACUGAAAAAAUAUCUAAAUUUUUAGACGAUGACGUUUUCCAAAAGUUCCAAGAAGUUGUCAGUUACAACCCGGGACAAGUUUUACGUUACGAUUUGGGAGGACUUCCUCUUUACUAUGCCAAAACUCCAAAGGAGUUUGAGGAUUUGGUUGCUAAACCUGCAUAUAAUCCUUCGUCGAGAAGGGUGUUUGAAAUGCAACUAAUGCCUAAGAUGAUAUUAGAUCUUGAGGAAGAGGUGUCAUUGACUGAUGGUAUGGAUUGGGGCACCAUCAUGGUGUAUACCGACAUCGAGAAUUACAUUCCAAAAUUCGAUGAGAAUCAAGUUGGCUACGUACAGGAAGUCGUCAAGGUUCAGUGGGAACCCAUUGAUUAUGACGAAGUCAAAGGUUGA